AACUUGUUGACCACGUGUUGGCCAAUGCGAAUUGGAUAUUUAAAUAAAUUUGCUAAAAUGGUUUUUGCUUGUCAAAAAGACAGUUACUUGCGAGAGUAUACAAGCAAGGUAGAAUUAUGUCAACCAGAAGAAUUGGAAAUACAAAAAGGAAAACAGAAAGAAAAAGUAAAAGUAUUUGGUGUAAUUCUUGAUGAUACAGUUUUAUUUCCAGAAGGUGGUGGACAGCCAGAUGAUAGAGGAACAAUCAAUGGUUUUUCAGUGAUUCGUAUUAUUAGAAGAAAAUCUAAAGCUGUUCACUUUGUAGAUAAAUAUUUUGAACCAGGUGAAAAAGUUCACUUAAUUGUAGAUUGGAAAAGAAGAUUUGAUCAUAUGCAGCAACAUUCAGGACAACAUUUAAUUACUGCUGUUGCAGAGAAUAUGUAUAAUUUUCAUACAACAUCAUGGAAUCUUGGAGAUGAAUUGAGUUAUGUUGAACUGGACAUACCAACUAUUUCCAAUGAUAAGAUUACUGAAUUAGAAGAAGUUUUGAAUGAAAAAAUUAGAGAAAAUAUUCCAGUAUAUGUAAAUUUAUUUAAUCGUGAUGCUGCAGAAUUAAAAGAAGUAAGAACAAGGUUAGAGCUUCCUGAUGAUGAAAAUGAACUUAUUAGAGUAGUAAAUAUUAAGGGAAUAGAUUCCAACACUUGUUGUGGAACUCAUGUUUCAUCUCUUGGUCACUUACAAGCAAUAAAAUUAUUAUAUGCUGAAAAAGGGAAGAAGAACAAGACAAAUUUAUAUUUUGUUGUUGGAAAUAGAUUACUUCAAUAUAUGUCAAACUGUGUACACAGAGAAAGGAGCAUGAAUAAUAUAUUAAAAUCUCCUCCUGAAGAGCAUAUACAUAUUGCUGAUAAAUUGCAAAAAUCAUUAAAAUUUGCAAAUAAGAAUUUGCUUAAUACAACAAGAGAUUUGGCUAUUGCCCAAGCUCAGCUGUUUAAACAAUUAGAUCCCUAUCCGCAGUUUUAUUCUUUGCAUAGGAAAGAUGCAGAAGCUGAGUUUAUGAGCAUAUUUUCUGGAGAAGUAAAUGAUAAGAAUGUAUUAUUGUUUUUGACCACUGGAGAUAUCAAAGGUUCAGGUCACAUGUUGAUUACUGGACCACAAGAAAUAUUGGAAAAAUAUGGACCAAAAAUAUGUGAAUUACUAGAAGGCAAAGGAGCAGGUAAAAAUGGAAGAUUUCAAGCAAAGGUUAAUAAUCUCUGUAAAAGACCUCAAGCUGAAGAAUUAUUGAAAAAUGCAAUUGAGUGCAGUAAUAAUCAUGAAAAAUAAUUAUUAAUUAUUAAAUAAUUAAUUAUUUUUAAAUGUUUUAUUUAUUAUUUUAAGAUUUAUUUAUAAAAUUAUUACUUAGGAAUUACAUUAAAAAAUAUUUUAAAGAAAUUAUAUAACUAUAUUUUUGAUUUGUUUCCUGUGUAUAUGUGUGCAUAUACAUAUAUACACUCUUGCAAAAAUCAAUAUUGCUUCUAGACAGAUCUAAAUAAAAUUGAGGAAUGAAACAUAUUUGGUGUGUAGCACUGUUUAGAUAAAAUAAUAAAUAUUUCAGUCCUUGAUGUUAAAAACUUGACACAGAUAACAAACAGUAAAAACUAUUUUGUUUGAACAUUUUGAACUUUAAAAAAAAAAUGUCUUCAGGAACAUUUUAAAGAUAAAUUAUUCCAAUUAUUAUUAUUAUUAUUAUUGUGUUACAGAUUAAAAUAUUUUUUCUUAUGUUCUAUGAAAUUAAAAUCUACAACUAAUUACAAAAAAAAUCUAAGAUUAAAUCUACUAUUGUCUUGCUUUACAUUGUGUAUUAGCAGGACAACAUAAAAUGAAAUGCCAUGUACAGAUACUACCCUACUUAUAGUGAAUUUCAUUCACCAAUAAAAACUUAAAAUAAUUCAUAGUGUAAUGCAGAGAUGUUUAUUUUUGAUAUUAUAAAGACAAGUGAUCAUACAAAUCAAUCAGAAGCUUAGAUUUUGGAAAAAUGUAACUUAUAAUCUGCAGACCCUUUGCAACACAUUUGUUUGCAUUUCAUUCAAUGUCUUAAGAUUCUGUAAUCGCCUUUUUGCUUUAUAAGAGUUACAAAGUAUUGAGGCAUGAAAGAUAAAAAUUUGUGCAGCAACUAUAUGGGAAAUUUUUUCCUAUUCAUUGCUUAAAUACGUAUAUAAUUGUUCUAACAUGUGAAGACAGUGUUGAGUCUUUUUUUUUUUUUUUUCAAAAAUAUCCAUACAUUUUCUGUUAGGUUUAAGCUUGAUGCUUUCUCAAAUGUAAUAAUCACUUCAUGCCGACUUUUUCAAUAUCAAAGGUUACAUUUACAUGUUGUGGCGUUACGAACAGUGACUGCUUGUGAACUUAUCUAAACUCUAAACAAUCACUGUUCGUAACACCACAACCUUUGGUUACAAAGGUUACAACGUAAGUGUAACCUUUGAUCUUGAUGCUGUCAUGGGGAAUACAUAUAUAAUUAGACUGCAGCCAGGUUUUUGUUUUCGUAGCAUUAUGUGGACAGAUGUUGUCAUGCUAUAGGCUUGUCUUUGGAAAAGUUUACAGUAAAUUUUGGAUCAUGCCGUCCAAUCUCUAGAUUUAGGGUCCAUCAAAAAGAACACCUUACGACCCCUUGAACUCAGUAUAAGUUCAUUUAUUUGACAACUGUUUACAAUAUAACAGCAAUAUUUCUUGCUUGCUUCUAACAACACAGACUUAGGCCAGGCUUGUUUCUUUUCAUUUCACUGGUCGUGUUGCCUUAUAUCUAAGUUUUAGAUCCAUUGGUUGACCAAUCUGGAGCUGAGUUGGUAGCUCUCCUGUGGGUCCAUUUUGGUUGGCAUACCUGUCCCAAUUUGUCCAGGAUCACUUGCUAACUGACCCAUUCCAGAAAACUUUAAUUAUCUUGUCAUUACUUGAUAGGCCUCCUUGACAUUUACAUUUUGAUUUGCAUAGAUGUUGCUGAAGGAUUAAAAUAUAGGCUUCACAGUUCACAGCACCAUUGCAGAAAUUCAAAUCUCCAACUUCUGCACUCUUGCAUAUUCAUACCAUUAGAGACUAUGGCUUCUGUUCAGUUUUAUCUUUAAUACAAAUGACUUUCUUUCCUAUAUUCCCAUGGUUUACAUGAAAUGUUGAUACAUCCAACCAUACAUUUUCUUGCAAUCAAUGUUUGUUCACUUCAGAUGAGUUCUGGCCCAAGCUAAAUGUCUGCACUUGCAUGAUUCAUUCAUGAGAGGUUUCCUUUGGAUUUGCACAACUUGUAUUUACAUCAUUGAUAUAUCUCUACACUGUGCAUUCAGAUAAUAGGAUAUUAAAGUAUUCCUUUGCCCACUUUGUCAAAUUUUCUGUGGAAACGUGCCUGUUUUAGAAAAUGUAGCAUUGAAAGGAGCUGAGAUGUAGUUUUCUUCCUAAAGCUUUACCUGGAUGAGCAUUUUCCUUUUCUCAAAAACAUUUAUUGAUUCUCUGGACUGUAGACUAGAUAUCUGGACAUCCUGGAACCAAUGAGGAAAAUUAUUAUCCAGAAGUAUAAAGGAGUCUCUCAAUGCACUGAGAUACUCCUUUAUGCUUCUGGAUAAUAAUUUUUUUGAUUGGUUCCAGUACUGCCUUUUCUCUUGCUAUUUUUCAUAGAUAUUAAUAUGAACAGCUAAAGCUGAUUUGCCUUUUAUAUGCAACACAUGUGAAUAAGAAAAACUAUGAGAAAUUCCAGAAAAUUUGCCAAAAAUCCUUUCUGAACAAACUUCAUUGCAAUAUAAUGUCAGAUGGUUGCAAAAUUUACUUAGCUAUAUAUUCCAAACUGAUGAGAUUCAAGGUUGUAAGUUAUUGGAAUUAACUUGUUCAUUUACAAAAGGAAUUCCUUGUACCAAUUGAUGUGAUAUGUAUACGAGAGAUUUUAAGUUUAUGUAAAUUUCUGAAAGUGUAAAUGGUGAACAAAGUGGAGUUGUAAAUUUGCUUUUUAUUUCAAGUAUUCUCAGAUGAUUAGCUAGAUUUAUGCAACCAUUUGUAAUUAUUAUAACAGGAAAGUGUUAAAAUAUGUUUAAAAUGUUUUGCUGGUGUUUUUACUAUAUACACUGAAUUUCAUAAUAAAAAUAGUCAACAUGAACAUUAACAGUCUAAAUUAAUCCCUGUGCAUCCAAGGAUUAAUUUGUGACUUCGAAAAAUGUAGUCCUGAGUCAGGAGGCUCUGGAUCCUAUGUAUCAAAAUUGAAACUUGAUCGCAAGCAUGAGUGGUCUCAUAUGGGGUAAUGAGUGGUCUCACUUGGGGUAAGAGAACAGAGGAGCAAGUUGAGAGAAGAACAAUCUGGAAGAGAAUCACUUAAUUAGUGAGUAAUAUUAUAACAAAAUAUAUUUAUUAGUGUAUUCAUUCAUUAAGUUCUCUAUUGAUGACUAGCACCCUAACAUACGUGGAUAACUAACUAAUGACUACAUUAAUCUAUCAGUUAACUCAAUUAAUGUGCAAGUACUGAGAGAGAGAGAUUAUGAUCAGUUUGUGAGGAGUAAAUACCUUCUGACUUGAUCCCUUGCUGAACAAUUUCUGGCUUCCUUGUAAAAUGUCCAUUUAGUCCUUCAAUACACAGUUCAAUGGAAGUUCUAGAAUGUAUUUAAAAGAGUGACACAAACACACCAAAAGGAAAACUCAGGAGGAGAGGAACUGCUUCUUCCUUGAGUGAUCCUUGUGGAAAUCACAAUAACCUGUAUUAGGACUAUUGUGUGGAAGUAUGAUUACCACGUCAUAAGAGAGACAAAGAAAAGUUACUUAACAAUAAAUUUAUGUAUAAGUAAUAUAUUGAUAUAUACAAAAAAUUUACAGAUUUGUUCACUAGAUCACACAUAUAGACAUCUAAGAACCAGAUAGGUUCAUCUGUAUACUGAGUUGGGUAUAAUACAGUCCUUUUGGUUAACAUACACUUGAGUCUCUCCCAAAACUAUUUCUUGGUAAAUGUCCACUACAGGCAUACCUCGACUUACGUCGUUUCGAGUUAUGUCGUUCCCGAUUAUACGUCGCUUGUUAAAAAAGUAUAUGGAAAAAUAAAAAUCAAGUUUAAGUCAUUUUAUUCGACUUUACGUCU